CCUGCAUGGUUUGGCUCAGAGGAGCAAGAGGAGGAGCAGGAGGAUGUGCAGCAUGAGGAAGAUGCUCCAGAGAAGGAAGAGGAGGCAGGGGCAGAGGAGGAGGCUACUCAGGAACAGGUGGGAAAAGACGAGACAGAAGAUGGAGGAGGAGAGGAGGCCAAACCUAAAUUCCAAAAACCUUUUAUGCUGCCAAACCUAGUGCCCCCAAAGAUUCCAGAUGGAGAAAAAGUUGAUUUUGAUGAUAUCCAUCGUAAGCGCAUGGAGAAAGACCUGAAUGAGCUGCAGACACUGAUCGAAGCUCACUUUGAAAGCCGUAAGAAAGAGGAGGAAGAACUUAUCAACCUUACAGACAGGAUUGAAAAACGACGUUCCGAGCAUGCUGAACAACAAAGGAUCCAUAGCGAACGUGAGAAGGAACGACAUAAGCGUGUGGAGGAGGAAAGAGCUCGAAAAGAAGAGGAAGCCAAGAAAAGGGCAGAGGAUGAUGCCAAGAAGAAGAAAACACUCACCAGUUUGCAUUUUGGCGGUUAUAUUCAGAAGACGGAGAAACGGGGUGGAAAGAAACAAACUGAGAGAGAGAAGAAAAAGAAGAUUCUGAGUGAUCGCCGCAAACCUCUGGACAUCGACAUUGCCAACGACUCUGCUCUCAGGGAAAAUGCCAAGGAACUGUGGAGCUGGGUGUGUCAACUAGAGGCCGAGAAGUUUGAGUUACAGUACCAGUUUACCAGACAGAAAUAUGAGAUCAACGUCCUGAGGAACAGAGUCAGUGACCACCAGAAAAUGACAAAGAUAACCAAGAGAGGCCUCAGGAAGUGAAUGCUAUUUUGAAAAGCAUGCUAGGCCCUUCACAAACCCAUAAAGAGCUCAUGAAGAGAGUCUAGGAAAGCUGUGUAUAUGUUAUAGAGAUUCAUUUGCAUGCAUGUAAUUCAAAGUCCUCACUGAUUAAAAUGUUUUGAUUUAAUCUGACUACAAGUGCACAUAAAGAAAGGGGAAAAAACAAUAAAUGUGAAAAUGAAGGAGCACUAGCUUUUUAUUAUCUUUCUGUUCACUGUUUGCAUUUUAAAAUACAGUACUUUUGCUUUGUAAUCCAAGUCAAAGCCAGUUCAGGUCUGCAGUAAAGCGACCAGGAGUCUUUGUCAGAAUGAGGAAGUCUGCUUCAAAGCUACGUGGCACAUUAUGCCAUAUUAAUGGGCCAUUUAAUGUAUGUUGCACACAAGAGCUAUUUUUAGAAUAGUAUAUAACCAUACUAUUAGCCAAAGUAUGCAGUAUGUAUUAUGUCUGCAAAAAAUACCAUAACCUAAUACUUUUGCCAAAAUGUGAAGCAUACAACAGCACAAUGUAAUCCACAAUGCCCUCGAAUUGACCUUCUAUUUCCAGUGUGAUGAAUAAACCAGGAGUAAUAUCAACCAU